AUUACAGUUCGGCAUGAUGCUUUGACCCGUAAGAAGGAUCCACACCAAUCCAGCCAAUCAUAAGCACACACCUAAUCAACAAACAAAACAAGACCAAAAAGCGCACAGCCACCACGAACCCCAACAAAAUCCACCAAAAUAAAGCACAAAAAAUCCACACGAGACGCUGCACCACUGACUCACUGAACAGACAAUUUUUUUUUUUUUCCGGUAAUUCAAUCAAAUAUGGCUUCCUUAAAUCUCAGUUCAGCCGCCACCCGCAUCCUCCCUUCCGCCACCGCCGUCGCCACCACCACUUCCAAGCUCUCCUUCUCCACUUAUUCCUCAGAUUCCGUCAAAUUCUUAGGAUCUUCUCCUCUCGUCUCCCGCCUCUUUCUUUCCAAGAAGAGUGGAGUAUGGAAGGGAAGGUCAAGUUACAGUACCGUUUCUGUGACGCCGAAAUGCGUCGCUUCCGACCCCGAGCAGUUGAAGAAAGCCAGGGAGGAGAUCAAGGAGCUACUACGAACUAAAUAUUGCCAUCCAAUUAUGGUUCGGUUGGGUUGGCACGAUGCUGGUACAUACAACAAGAACAUAGAAGAGUGGCCACAAAGAGGUGGAGCUAACGGAAGUCUAAGAUUUGAAAUUGAACUGAAACAUGCCGCAAAUGCUGGUACUUUUCCACUUUGCAACUUUAUACUGCCUAUUUUAGUUUCGUGUUUUCUUAUAAGAUGGAACGCAGGACUUGUAAAUGCCCUCAAGCUUCUUCAGCCUAUCAAGGACAAAUAUUCCGGUGUUACUUAUGCUGACUUGUUCCAGUUGGCAAGCGCAACUGCAAUAGAGGAAGCUGGUGGACCCAAGAUCCCGAUGAAGUAUGGAAGAGUCGAUGUAGACGUGCCUGACCAAUGCCCAGAAGAAGGAAGACUACCAGAUGCUGGUCCUCCAUCACCUGCUGCGCAUUUACGCGAUGUCUUUUAUAGGAUGGGAUUAAAUGAUGAGGAAAUUGUUGCACUUUCCGGUGCACACACGUUGGGGAGGUCCAGACCUGAACGCAGUGGCUGGGGCAAGCCUGAGACCAAGUACACGAAAGAUGGUCCAGGAAAUCCAGGAGGACAAUCAUGGACGGUACAGUGGCUGAAGUUUGAUAACUCCUACUUCAAGGAUAUUAAAGAAAGAAGGGAUGAGGAUCUACUAGUUUUGCCUACUGAUGCUGCACUUUUUGAAGAUCCUGGAUUUAAGGAAUAUGCUGAGAAGUAUGCUGUUGAUCAAGAGGCAUUUUUCAAAGAUUAUGCCGAGGCCCAUGCUAAGCUUAGUAAUCUUGGAGCUAAAUUUGAUCCUCCUGAGGGUUUCUCCAUUGAUGAAGGUUCCUCUCAGCCAGAGAAAUUUGUAGCAGCCAAAUACUCCACUGGAAAGGUUGUAAGAAUAUCCAAGUUUCGUGAUGGACAAUUUUUUUCUUUUAUUUUCUCUGCUUGAAUUUUUCUCAGAGAAACAUCUACGGGUUUUUUACAUGAUACAUCUUUUAUGGUUGGUGCAGGAUUAAAAAAACAAGAAAAACAAGUGUCUUCUUUACUUGUGCAGUUUGUUUUAAUAAACACAAGAUGAAGCUAUUCCCCCAAAAUCUAAUAUUUUGGAAGUCUUAAAUGAAGGAGAAUAAUGAAUUCAGUUAGGUGUUGCCUAUUUGAAUUUGCAGAGAGAGCUAUCGGAGGCUAUGAAGCAAAAGAUUAGAGCAGAGUACGAAGGACUUGGGGGAAGCCCAGAUAGGCCUCUUCCUACGAACUAUUUCCUUAACAUAAUGAUCGUAGUAGCUGUCUUGGCAAUUUUGUCAUCUUUGAUUGUAAACUGAGACGAAUUGGAACUUAUUAAAGCUGCAUCUUCUGCUUGUGAUUCUGAAAACCGAUUAUCUCGCGCGUUGUGCAAAUCACAGGUAUUACACCUUUUGUUUUAGGAGUGAAGGAGGAAUUUCGUUACCUUAGUACCACCAUAGUUAUACGCUGCAGUUCACUGGAACUGCAGUCCACUUUGUGUUUUGCUUCAGGUUCUUUGACUUCAUCCAUAGUUUACCAAGUAGCUGACGAGAAUAUACAUGGAACGAUUUGAAGAUUGCAUGAUAACCUUAAGAUUGUUUCACUACACAUUAAAACUCCAUUCGUUUUUUGUCCUAUAAUUUUUAACAGGACGUUUACAUUUUAGACCAUUUGAUAGGUUUAUUUAGAAAGGCUGAUUAAACGAGUAUGAAUAUUUGUUCAGGGUAAAUUGAACAAAAUGCAAAAAAUUAUUUUGAAACUAGUGGUGAUUAGAGAAUUUAAUAGCAAUUUAAGAUGACAACAGCUUAUGCAGCAUUAUUUAUUAUUGGCCAGAAAUUCUACAUUUUGAAAAAUACUUUAUUUUUUUCAUAUGUAUAUGCAAAGUGUCCACUUUCAACAUAUAAUUCUUUGUAGAUGAUUUUAUACAUAUCUUCUUCUAUACUAUCAAGAACGAAUGAACUUAAAAAAUCAAAGUAUUUUUCAAAGAGACGGAUUAUGAGUAUGCCUUUAUCCGGACGUUGACUCAACUAUUCUGGUGAUUAUUACCAAAAUAUGUUUUUUCUUUUAUUUUCGGUUUUUUUUUUCUCUUUUGUUU